GACCCAUUCAGUUGGCUUUCAGCUUUUUGCCAGUUCGGCGGCGCUUAAAAGUUUCCAGCGCAUCGAGUCCGAUCUCGAUUUCGUAUUCGAUUUCCCAGUUGUCUCAGUGUUACUGAUCUAAAUCAUAUAACAACUGCCAAACGCUGAAGUCUCCACAGAAAAUGCAAAUUGUUAACAAUUGAACAAAAAGAGACUAAACUAUAACUUAGACUGCAUCUAAGUUUUUUUUUAAGUGCCGCUCGAUUUUCUUAACGAAACAUGGCUGUGGAUUAUGUGCUUGAGGACCUUAUGGGAAAAUUGGGUGAAUUUGGCAAAUACCAAUUCAUUCAGUUCUUCCUGCAGGUGCUGUCGGGACUGACAGCGGGACUUCAUAUGUUGUCACUGGUGACUGUCGCCGCAGUUCCGGAACAUCGAUGCUUCAUUCCCGGUGUGGACAACAGCAGCUUAUCCCAGAUGCCGUGGAACUCGAGUGAAAUUCUACAGGCAAUUCCAACGAAUGAAAAAGGCGUGUUGGAUUCUUGCCACAUGUUCAAUAUGAGCGCUGGCGAUCAGAGUCAGAUUCCCUGCGAAAGCUAUGUGUAUGACACGACCUACUACAAGUCGUCCCGUACUAUUGACUGGAACUUUGUCUGUGAGCGGCGUUGGAUGGGCUCCAUCAUUCAGACUGUGUUCAUGUUGGGUGUCUUUACGGGAGCUGUCAUGUUGGGUGGUCUGGCCGAUAAGGUUGGUCGCAAGACCGUCUUCUGCUGGUCGGCGCUGCUACAGCUGAUUGUCGGCGUGGGCGUGGCCUUCAUUCCGGAAUAUUUUUCAGUGCUGGUAGCACGCUUUUUGCUGGGCAUUGUCGGCUCGGCGGGCGCCUAUAUAUGCGGCUUUGUGCUGACCAUGGAACUGGUGGGUCCCACCAAGCGCACAGUGUGUGGCAUUACUUUCCAGGCUGUCUUUGCUGGCGGAAUUAUGCUGGUGGCCGGAUGGGGAGCCAUCAUUAAGGAUAAACAGAUGCUGCAGGUGGUCUAUGGGCUGCAUGGUUGUCUGUUUUUGGCCCAUUGGUGGUUGCUGGAUGAGUCACCGCGAUGGCUUUGGAUGCAGGGACGAGCUGUCGAGGCUGUCGAUAUUGUGGCUAAAGGUUUACGCAUUAAUGGCUCGAACACACCCGUGGAUAAGGAUUACUAUGUGCAAAAGGCCAAGCAACAGGCUGCCGUGGAGGAGAAGUCCAGUGCCGGCCUCAGUGAUCUCUUCCGGACACCCAAUUUGCGCAUGAAGACGCUUAAUGUUUGCCUCUGCUGGUUUGCCAACUCGAUUGUCUAUUACGGUUUGUCCCUAAGUGCGGGCAAGCUCAAUGGCAAUCCCUAUCUCAUGAUCUUCCUAAUGGGUCUGGUGGAGUUCCCUACCUAUAUAACCCUGAUGUUUGUCUUGGAUCGCCUCGGACGUCGCUCGAUCACAUCCACCCUGAUGCUGGGUGGCGGAAUCUGCUGCAUUGUGGCCGCCUAUAUUCAACAGGGCAGCACGCUGUCCACCAGCAUUGUUAUGCUGGGCAAGCUACUCAUCGCCGGCUCCUUUGCCGUCAUCUAUAACUACUCGGCGGAGCUCUUUCCCACCGUGGUCCGCAACUCAGCUAUGGGCUUGGGUUCGAUGUCAGCGCGUCUUUCAGGUGCUUUAACACCAUUGAUUACACUGCUCGGUGACUCAUUUGAUCCAAAGAUUCCGGCUGUGUUGUUUGGUGUGGUGGCUUUGCUAUCAGGUUUCUGGGUUAUGUUCUUGCCCGAGACUAAUAAUAAGCCCAUGCCAGAGUCCAUAGAGGACGGCGAGAACUUUGGAAAGGGCGACACCUGGUUCAGUCAAUGUGCUGGCGGUAGAGGACGCAAGGACAGUAUUUAUCCCGAUGAUCCUGACCAAAUGGUGCCACUCAAAACUAUCGAAAGCAAAUAGAAAAUUCCAAAAAUUCUCGUUUUGUUAAACAUUCUCAUAUACACAUGCACACGCAGGCGUUGUUUGCUUUUGCCGUGACUUUAUUUAAGAUUCAUCAUGUUAAUAAAUUGAGAUUUUUGCUUGGGACAAAGACCGAAUGCAUUUUCGGCCGUAGUUUCACGCCUACUCUUGUUUUUGUAAAAA